CAGCACUGACGCCAGCCAAGCUUGCAGAAGAGGACUGUACAACGCCAAGGUUGAAGUAGCAGGCACCAUUGCAGUAGCUACAUCAACUCCAAAGGAGCUAUUCUCACAUCUGUGUUGACUGCUCCAAGCCAACAGAGAUUCCACUCCCGCCAGUAUCAUUACUUAUGUCAAUGGUGUGGAGAAGCUGUCAGGCGAUAAUAAGUUCGCAAAGUGGAGCCGUGAGAUCGAGCUGAUUUUGGUCAUGAUGGAUAAGAAUCAUUCCAUGAGAGACCGAGCUCCUGUAGCACCAGUUGCACAAGGGACUGAUGACACCACCCUUGCUGAGCGCACUGCUUCUUAUGAGAAGGAAAAGGAGCGUUGGGAGCGCUCUGACAGAGUUGCCCUCAUGGUUAUGGAUUUGACCAUCAGUCCCACUAUCAGGGGAGCUCUUGAGAAGGAGCCUAAGAGUGCUAAGAGCUUCAUGACGAGCAUUGAGGAGUACUUUAAGGGAUCUACAAAGUCCAAUGCAAGUACCCUCCUGCCCCAGCUCAUGUCCGCUAAGUACAAUGGACAAGGUAAUGUUAGGGAGCACAUUAUGGGGAUGGUGGACAUCCGGGAUAAGCUUAAGGACCUGGAUUGCCCCCUUAAUGAUGCUACACUGCUUCACCACGUCAUGAUCUCCCUCCCACCAGUUUUUGAGCCUUUCAAGGUAAACUACAAUGGGAGUGAUAAGCAGUGGGACAUAACGACAUUUGUGUCUAAGUGUGCUCAAGAGGAACAAAGGCUUCGCUCACAGCACCCUGAGCUUGUGAACCAUGUGAGUCAAGAUGGUUCUAAGAACAAGAAUAAGAGGGUUUUCCUCUCCAAGAAGGAUAAUAAGGGUAAAAAAACCCUAUGAUGGUCCUAAGCAAGAUGGCUCUAUGCCCAUCAUAUGUUUCCAUUGUCAUAAAGAGGGCCAUAUCACAAAGGACUGUGAUCGCUUCAAGGAGUGGUGCAUUAAGAAUGGUAAUGACGACUUAAUUUCUAUAGUCGAUGAGUCCUUUUAUGCAUAUUUUCCAUUAAGUACUUGGUGGAUUGACUCAGGUGCCGCUGUUCAUGUUACUAAUUCCCCACAAGGGUUGUCUGGUGCACGGACUAUAAGAAGGGGGACUCGAAAGCUCCGAGUCGCAAACGGGGUUGAAGCAGAAGUGGUGGCCGUUGGGACUCUUCAGUUAUCACUUCACAGUGGCUUCACUCUUCGUUUAUUAGAUGUCCUUUAUGUUCCAUCUAUUCAGAGAAACUUGAUUUCUGUUUCUAAAUUAGAUCGAGAUGGAUAUUCAUGCACUUUUGGGAACAAUAGAUGUGUAAUAAGUUGUGAUGGUGAUAUAGUUUGUUAUGCACCUUUACAUGA